AUGGCCGCCAGUUUAGGCCCAAUCCCCACUCCGCCGCAGACAUUCCUCCAAAUCGUCAGCGCGUGCGACAACUACCGCCUCAACGCGCCCGACACCGAUCCCGUCGUUCCCUGGCUCCUCGCCCCCACCCGCGCGGCGGCGGCGGUCGGCCUCCUGCGCCCUGAAGUCGUCGCCCAGCUGCGCGCGGAGGCCGCGGCGGCGACCGCGGCGGGCGCGCCGCCCAGCUGGGUCUUCUCCGACUCGCAUCCCUCCCCCGCCGCUGGCCACAAGACGGAAUGGGUGAGCUUCGCGCCGCACCUCGCAACCCCCGCCGCGCGCUCGCGCGUGAUGGCGGAGCUCUGCGAGCGUUGGCGCGACACCGGGCUCUGGCCGGACGAGGUCGGGCCCCGGAAGUGGCGCGCCGAGGUCUACCCCGUGUACCGCAACCCGUUCGGCGCGCGCGACUACCCCGCGGGCGCGGACGCGGAUGCGGACGACACGAACUUCGCGUUCGAGAUGGAGCGCGCGGCGAGCGGCCUGUUCGGGAUCGUGACGUACGGCGUGCACAUGAGCGUCGUCGUCGCGGACCCGGGGAGCGUGGAGGGGUGGAAGAUGUGGGUCGCGCGCCGCGCCGCGACGAAGCAGACCUGGCCCGGCUACCUCGACAACAGCGUCGCGGGCGGGAUACCGGCGGGGUACGCGGUGUACGAGACGGUGGUGAAGGAGGCGAUGGAGGAGGGGAGCAUCCCGGAGGACGUCGUGCGCAAGUACACGACCUCGGUGGGCACGGUCAGCUACUUCUUCAGGACUCCGCGUGGAUGGCUGCAACCCGAGGUGGAGUACGUCUACGACCUGCGCUUGCCUGUGGAUUCCGAUGUGGUCCCCAAACCCAUGGACGGAGAAGUUGACUCCUUUGAGCUUCUACCCAUGUCGAAAGUGGCGGAGCUAAUCAAGACGGGAAUGUUCAAGUACAAUUGCUCCAUUGUGAUCAUAGACUUGAUGAUACGCCAAGGGUUCAUCACGCCGGACAACGAGCCGGACUACCAGGAGAUAGUCACUCGUCUUCAUGGCCGCUUUGAGUAUGAGAGAUGGAGCCAAGUUUAA